AUGGGGAGACCUCGAUUGGAUGCAAUUCUCUCUGUCUUUGUCACGGUCCAUCCCCAUGAGCUCCACGCUUUGCUGCACUCUGCUUCCUGUUUCUUCUUCAUAUUGAGCGCUUACUUUGUGGUGCUACCCUUGCGGGACGAAGGCGCCAUUUCGCUCGGAUUGUCGAACCUCCCGUCCUUGUUCAUAGGAUCAUUGGCUCUUACGUUGAUCGCAGCUCCUUUGUCCACGCUCAUCUUCUCACUCCCUAAUUUCUCCAAAACCAAGGCGUUGGUUGUGAUACACAGGUUUUUUAGUGUGUCCCUAGUCGUCUUCUUCUUUCUUUGGCAUUCGUCCUCCGUUGGAGUUGACGUUAUUUCACCAUUGGGAGUCAAGGCUGAAGCUGAUUUGCCCACUGGGUUGGAGGACAGCGCAAAUCCGGGAGGCUGGACUAAGCAUGGCUGGUUUUAUGUUUCCGUGAGAAUUGGAUUAUUUCUUUGGGUUGCUCUACUCAAUCUUAUCACCAUCUCUUCAACCUGGGCCAGGAUAAUUGAUGUGAUGGACAGUGAGUCAGGUUCAAGAUUGUUUGGGUUCAUUGGUGCUGGUGCCACCCUAGGCCAGCUUUUCGGGUCGCUAUUUGCCUCUGGAAUGGCUUGGUUAGGCUCAUUUUUACUUCUAUUUGCUGCGUUCCUGAUGGAACUUGCUGCGCAGUCAUCAAAAGGGAUUGGCAAAGAUGCUUCCCAUUCACCUGAAGAGUUAUCUCCCUUGAGAACGAGUGAUCCUAACCAACAAAGUGAGAAUGGUACAGAGGCAUCACCAACAUCUAGAGUGGCUACUCCAAAGUCACCUCAGUCCAAGAUGAAGCCUCAGAUUUCAGCGAUCUUAGAUGGGCUCUGGCUUAUAUUAUCAUCAACUUAUUUGCAAUACGUGUCUUUGUUCUUAUGGCUGAGUGCAGUUGUCUCGUCUUUUUUCUAUUUUCAGAAAGUGACAGUAAUUGCCUUGACCAUAACAACUUCUAUUGGCAGAAGGCGAAUGUUUGCGCAGAUAAAUAGUUUCAUUGCUGUCUUUAUACUUGCUGGACAACUUACUUUAACGGGACGUAUACUGACUCUGGCUGGGGUCACUAUAGCUAUAUGCUCGGCUCCUGUUGUCGCCUUCUCCAAUUUGAUUGCUGUUGCUGUUUGGCCGAGUUGGAUGGUGGUUGCCAUUUGUGAGACCUUACGGAAGGUGGUUUCCUAUGUAGUGACUAGGCCAGGAAGAGAGCUCCUCUUCACUGUUGUCUCUCAGGAUGAGAAAUACAAAGCUAAGGUCUGCAUAGAUGUAAUUGUCCAGCGGCUUGGGGAUGCUACAGCAGCAGGAAUGUAUCAGUUACUAUUCAGCUUUCUUCAUGGGAAGACAUCAACUGUCUCUUUGUAUGCCUUACCUGUCUGUUUACUGUGGAUAAUCACUGCAUUUCAUUUGGGAAGGCGUCAAGCCCAACUGGCAAAGCUUCAAAUUGGUCAAACUAGCUGA